GGAUCCAAUUUGUGUUGCCCAAAGGAAAAAAGGGCACACAGACCCAAACGGAGCUGAUUGAUGAGGUAGCGGUUGCUCCGCGUUUGGCGUCGCUCUUCGUCAAUCACUUUUCUUCUUCUUCUUCUACAGUUCCUCUCCCGCCAUUACCAGCACGACGGAGCUCCUUCUUCUUCACCGCUUCUCUCUGCAACCCUGAUAUUUGUCAUGGUCUUAGAAGCCCUAGCAGCAGCCUCCUCCACUGCUUCGCCCCCUUCCACCAGCAACUUCAAUCUUCCACCACCUCCUGAAGAUGCGUGGAGUCGUGCUUAUCAGCGACUACAUCCUCGCUGGAAAUCUCUUUCCCACUCUCACCUGUCGGCCAUUCCAAUUUCGAUAUCGAAAGUUAAUCAAGUGGAUGCGGCACGGCUAGAUAUUGAAAUGUCGGCCAUGUUGAAAGAACAGCUGGUUAAGGUCUUUGCUUUGAUGAAGCCAGGAAUGUUGUUUCAAUAUGAAGCUGAGCUUGAUGCUUUUUUGGAGUUCCUUAUUUGGCGGUUUUCAAUUUGGGUAGACAAGCCCACACCGGGAAUUUCUCUCAUGAAUUUGCGGUACCGAGACGAACGUGCAUUGGAGGUUCCAGGAAAAGUUAGAACUGGAUUGGAAGGACCUGGCCUCACAGUUGCUCAAAAGAUUUGGUAUUGCGUGGCCACUGUGGGCGGUCAAUACAUGUGGACUCGUUUACAAUCAUUUUCUGCCUUCCGUAGAUGGGGAGAUUCAGAGCAGAGGACACUGGCUAGACGAGCAUGGCUUUUGAUACAGCGCAUAGAAGGAAUAUACAAAGCUGCUGCAUUUGGCAACUUGCUCAUAUUUCUGUACACAGGAAGGUAUAGAAAUCUUGUGGAAAGGGUUCUCAGAGCCAGGCUUGUUUAUGGGAGUCCUAAUAUGAACAGGGCUGUAAGCUUUGAGUAUAUGAAUCGCCAGUUAGUGUGGAAUGAAUUCUCGGAAAUGUUGCUAUUGCUCCUUCCUCUUCUAAAUUCUUCUACUGUACGAAACUUUCUUCGUCCAUUUUCUAAGGAUAAGCCUUCAAGCUCAGCCGAGGAUGACAGUGCUUGUCCAAUUUGCUUGGCAAAUCCUACAAUUCCGUUUCUGGCUUUGCCUUGUCAACACAGAUACUGUUACUAUUGCCUUCGGACGCGAUGCAUGGCAGCUCAAUCAUUUAGAUGUUCCAGAUGUAGCGAGCCUGUGGUGGCCAUGCAGCGGCAUGUUGAAGGUACUUCUACUACAAAUCUAAAACGGUGAUUGUGCCCCCAGGCAAAGGGAGCAAAUACAAUAACAAGUACAGUUAUAUUAAUAUAAAAAGAAAAAUGCUUCAAUGUUGCAUUUAAUUUUUUUUUUUGCUUGAAGCAUCAUCACAUGCUUACAGAGAACCAACUUCCCUGGAAAGGCAUAUCUUGUAUUGUGUAGUAGGCCUAGUAGGGGGCUCAUUCUUUUUUACUUCCCGUUUUCACCCUGUAGUUCAGGUACUCGCUGAUUAGUUUGUGAUUAAAUUACCCUGCAGAAGUUGCACGAUAAAAUAAUAUGCUUCUUUCUUUACCCUGCAAAAA